AUGGCCUCUCUAGCAACAUCAAUCAACCGGUUUGCCCUGGAGUUUAGCAAAAAGCUAGCUGAAUCUGCAGAGGGUAAAAAUAUUUUCUUUUCUCCCUGGGGCAUCUCAUCUUCCUUGACCAUGGUGUACCUGGGCACCAAAGGUACCACUGCAGCCCAAAUGGCCCAGGUGCUUCAAUUAAACCAAGACCAGGACAUCAAAUCUUGUCCUGAAAGUGAAAAGAAAAGGAAAAUGGAAUUCAACUUGGGCAAAAUUGAAGAAAUAUGCUCUGAUUUCCAGACACUUAUCUCAGAAAUCAACAAGCCCAGCAAUGCUUACAUCCUCAAGACAGCCAAUGGGUUAUAUGGGGAGGAAAGUCAUCCAUUUCACAAGAAAUAUCUAGAAGACAUAAAAAAAUACUUUGGUGCAGAGCCACAGUCUGUUAAGUUCAUGAAAACUCCUGACCAAAGCAGAAAGAAGAUCAACUCUUGGAUUGAAAAGCAAACUGAAGGUAAAAUCCUGAAUCUUCUACCUGAGGACUCUGUGACAUCUACAACCAAGAUGGUUCUGGUGAAUGCCCUUUACUUUAAAGGGACGUGGGAGCAUCCAUUCUCAUCUGAAAACACCACAGAAAAGCCUUUCAGAAUAAACACGACCACAAGUAAACCAGUGCAGAUGAUGUCGAUGAAACAAAAACUUCCAGUAUUUCACAUAGAACAGCCGCAAGCCAAGGGCCUUCAACUUGACUAUGAGAGCCAUGACAUUAGCCUUCUUAUACUGCUGCCAGAAGACAUCAGUGGACUGGAGCAGCUAGAAAAGGCCAUCACCUAUGAGAAGUUAAAUGAGUGGACCAGUGAAGACAUGAUGGAGCUCUAUGAAGUGCAGCUGUAUCUUCCGAAAUUCAAGCUGGAAGAGAGUUACGACCUCAAGUCAACCCUGAGCCGUAUGGGCAUAAGUGAUGCCUUUAACCCUAGCAAAGCUGAUUUCUCAGGGAUGUCUGCAGAGAGAUACCUAUAUCUAUCCAAUGUUUUCCACAAGUCUUUUGUGGAAAUAAAUGAGAAAGGCACAGAGGCUGCAGGUGGCUCUGGGAGUGAGGUGAGUGUCCGCAUUCUGCUCCCCUCCAUGGAAUUCAACACAGACCACCCGUUCCUCUUCUUCAUCAGGCACAACAAAACCAAGAGCAUCCUCUUUUAUGGAAGAUUCUGCUCCCCCUAAGCCCUGCAUCUCUCUCAGUGAACAAGACCAUCUUACAGUAUGAAAAUGCCCCAUAAGAUGGAAAAUCACAAUUAUAAUAAACAUUUCAUCAUCUGGGCCUUUUUUGGGCUCAAAUAUUAGUAAGUAAAUCUUGCAAUAAUAUAUUCUAGAGAUUCUGCUAUAUCUAUACAGUUAGAGAGAACAACAGUUUUUAUUUUUACCACUUAAACAACAUUUUGUCUUAAUGUGACUUUCAUUUACACUUAUUUUACAUUUCACAAAUACUAUGUUAAAUCAAUUAAAUGUCUUAUAAUUUUUGAGCUACCUGGUGACUGUAUUAUCAUUGUUGCUUAUCAUAUUUCAUAGAUACUAUUAAGUGAAGAAAAUCUUUACUGAGGCCUGAUUUCUCCAGAAUAUGAAAAUAACAUAUAGUUAAAGUCAAUGUGAUAUUAAUAAAAGUUUCUCAAGAAUGUCAUUUAAUUGUUCAUGAAUCACCACUGUAAAGUCAUAUUGCCCUUUGCUGCUGACUAUUUUAACAAUCAUUAUGAAAACAUUACUGGAGAAACCAGUGAACCCAAGAGAAGCCUGGAGUUCAGUUAGGAACAAUGUAGCCAUGUUGCCCUCUGAGUUUUCACAAUUGUGUCAUGCUAACGUGAGAUGUGAGAUGGGUAGACUCCACAAGAGAUAUCUUGGAAAACCCUCCUGUAGUAUCUUUGCAACUUUCCUCUGAUUCUAAGAUUAUGGCAAAAUAAAAAUUUUAUUAAAGGUAAUAA